AUGGCCGCCAAUAUCGAUAUCAAGACCACGUCGUGGAAGCUCGUGGAGGUCGGUCGUGUAGUCCUCAUCCGCUCAGGACCAUACACCGGCAAGUUGGCCACCAUUGUUGAGAUUAUCGACCACAAGCGGGUGCUCGUCGACGGUCCUUCCACUCAAGAAGAGAAGAUUGUCCCUCGCCACUCCCUCGCCUUGUCCCACGCUACUCUCACUCCCUUCGUUAUCCCCAAGCUUCCUCGCGCCGCCGGUACUGGCCCCGUCCGCAAGCUCUGGGAGAAGGAGGAAAUCGACAACAAGUUUGCCUCCAGCAGCUGGGCCAAGAAGAACGCUCAGGUCGAGCGACGAAAGAACUUGACCGACUUUGAGCGCUUCAAGGUUUUGCGAUUGAAGAAACAGUCCCGCUAUGAAGUUCUCAAGGCCGCCGCCAAGGUCAGAGCCUCCGCUUAA